AUGAAAGAGAAACACAAGAAGGUCGAGUAUGCGGACAAGGAGGCAGAGGCCCCAGCGGUGGAUGCUGGAGAGGCGAAGGAGACGACGGCAAAAGAUGUAAGCAGUGUGUUUGUGAAUAACCUUCUAACAAGUAUUAACAAUAUACAUAAUGCAAUAGUAUACAGGGACAAUCGGUACAUUUUGCGAAUGCUCAAGUAUAUAAAAGGCAUGCGAUUGAGUAUAAAAAACGAGAGCAGUACGCUCAUGCCAAUAAUGAUUAGUCUCAUUAACAAGACAUUUAAAGAGGGUUACCCAAUAUAUGAAAUACUAAGCAAGUACAUAUAUGAAUUCAGAGAAUUACCAAAGGAAGUCCCGGAAUUUGCAAAUAUAAAUGACAAAACAUAUACACAUGCAGCUCCCGAGAUAGAAGUUUUUUUUUACAUAAUGAUAUUGCUAUACCUAUUAGAUAAAAAAUGCUACAAUGAAGCAAUGGAUCUGUCCACUGUGAUUGUAAAUAGGAUCACGAAAUUGAACAGAAGAUCACUGGACUGUAUAAAUGCAAAAGUGUAUUUUUAUUUCUCAUGGGUUCAUGAAUUAGGUGGAAAACUAUCUCAAGUCAGACAAAAACUUCUGUACAUAUAUCGUAAUGCAUGUCUUCACAGGGAUAUAAUGACGCAGACAGUUGUCCUGAAUUUAAUACUAAGGGAUUAUAUAAAACACAAUUUAUAUGACCUAGCUGUUAAAUUUGUGAGCAAAACUUCCUUCCCUGAAAACUCUUCAUCGAAUGCUCAACAUGCAAGGUACCUAUACUACAUUGGAAAAAUUUUAGCCAUCCAGUUAGACUAUAGUGAAGCCCAUAGCAAAAUUACACAAGCUAUAAGGAAGGCUCCACAGAAUAACCAGAGUGCAAAAGGGUUCAAGUUAGAAGCUACAAAAAUGGAAAUCAUUGUUGAAUUACUCAUGGGAGACAUACCGGAUAGGUCUCUCUUCAGCAACAAAAUUAUGAGGAACAAGUUGAUCCCUUAUAAACACGUUGUGACGGCUGUUCGAAAUGGAGACAUAAACAAAUUUGCCAAGGUCAUGAAUGAUUAUAACCAGCUGUUUAUGCGCGAUGGGGUUUACCUCCUAAUAAAGCGCAUUCACCACAACGUGAUUAAAACGGCCCUCCGCAUCAUCAACCUCUCCUACUCCCGGAUCUCGAUCAGUGACAUUGGGAAGAAGAUCGGCGUAGAUUCCCCCCUGGAUAUCGUGGGCAUAACGGCCAAGGCCAUCCACGACGGAGUCAUCGAAGCCACCAUCGACUACGACAACCAGUACGUGGAAUCCAAGUCCAACAGCGACGUCUACAUAACAAGUGAUCCUAUCAAGACCUUCCACAAGAGAAUAGCCUUCUGCUUGCAAUUGUAUUCAGACGCCGUUAAGGCGAUGCAAUAUCCGGACGAAAAUGAAAAAAAGGAAAAUGAGGAGGCCAAAGAAAGGAAGAUCAGACAACAGGAGGAGUUGGCGCAGGCAGAAGAGGGAGACCUCGGAGACGACAACGAUUUGUUGUAG